AUGAAGCUGGAAAUCAGGUCAGCGAAACGGAAGCGAGAGGAGCGGCCAGCUACCAAUGGUGAGAAUGAUUCCAAUGUUUUUAUCGUGUUUGGAAGACUGGAAAUGGUUUCUCAGAUCCUGAGCAUGUCUUUUUUGGUACUCUUGCUCUGUGGCAUCUGGCAUUUCAAUGCUGUUGAUUGUGUCAAUGCCUCAGUCAUGCGUGAAGAUGAGCAACCAAAUAACCGAAUCCUUGUUCUUUUGGAUUCUCUUGUCACCAAGGAAACUCAUUCGAUGUUCUUCAAGAGUCUGGUGGAAGGAAAAGAUGGGAGACUUCCAUAUACCCUGACAUUCAAGAUGGCUGAUGAACAGAAUCUUCACCUCUCCAAGUAUGGGAACUACCUGUAUGAUCAUGUGAUUUUAUUCUGCCCCAAUGUGGAAGAGUUUGGCGGCUCUCUCACAUCUGAGUCCUUCAUCCAGUUUGUGGAUGAUGGCGGGAACCUGCUGAUAGCUGGAAGCAGUGAGUCAAGUGAUGCCAUUCGUGACAUUGUGGCUGAACUUGGCCUUGAAAUGGAUGAAGAAGGGGCAUCUGUCAUUGAUCAUCACAACUUUGAUGUUCGGGAUGAGGGAUUGCACACAUUGGUUGUGGCCAAGGUGGAAAACCUAGUUGAUUCUGCUAUCAUCAGAGGAAAAGUGGCACCUUCCAUGCCAUUUUUGUAUCGUGGGACAGGACUCAUUUCUGACCCUGAGAAUCCACUGCUCAUUGAGAUUCUCACUGGCUCCUCCACUUCCUAUUCUUUUAACCCCAACAAGGAGAUCACUGAGUACCCACAUGCAGUUGGAAAGAACACACUACUCAUUGCUGGAAUCCAGGCCCGCAACAAUGCCCGAGCUGUUGUAUCUGGUUCCCUUGAAUUUUUUUCGGAUGAGUUUUUCCUAAUGGAUGUGAAACAAAGUGACUACAAGGAACUUCCCAGUUCAGGCAAUCAACAGCUGGCUGAGAAUCUGUCCAGGUGGCUUUUCAAGGAACGUGGUGUCAUCAGAGUUGCUAAUGUGGAUCAUCAUAAACCUGGUGAAACCCAGCCCUCUGGUUAUACCAUCAUGGAUGAUGUUAUUUUUGAGAUCAAGGUGGAAACAUUGGAGGAAGGGAAAUGGGUUCCAUUCAAGGCCUCUGACAUUCAGUUAGAGUUUGUGCGCAUUGAUCCAUUCGUUCGAAAGACCCUUCUCCCUGUGGCAGGUAAGCCAGGGCUCUAUCGUGCUGAGUUCAAGAUCCCUGAUGUUAAUGGAGUCUACCAGUUCAAGGUCAGCUAUGAACGACUGGGCUAUACCUAUCUACACAGCUUCACCCAGGUGUCUGUGCGUCCAUUCCUCCACACACAAUAUGAACGCUUCAUCUUCAGUGCAUACCCAUACUACCUGAGUGCAUUCAGCAUGAUGAUUGGGGUGUUCCUCUUUUCAUGUGUGUUCCUUCACCACAAAGAAGAAGGGAAAGAGAAGAGUGAAUAGAGUACAAGUCCCUUUUUGGUCUUUGAUCUCUAAAAAUGCUUUGUUGACAAGUGGGUGCAACAGUUCUUGUUUCAAUAAAAGAGGUCUGACUGAUCCACUGGUCAGUGAAUAUUUGAGGUCAUUUCUGCUGGG